CAAAACCUGGCUUGAAUUUAUAGCAUUCAAGAUGUUUUCCAAUGUUAUUUUGAACGCGGUAUUUUUAAUGCUGAGUCUUGUUACCAUAGCAGACGGUUAUUGUUUUAGGGUGUCAUAUGCUGGUCCAGGUCUUAUAGACUGUACUACACCCAAUGAAGUCUUUGUAAAAAAUGGUAUACGUUAUACAUCAUAUGAGGAUUGUAUCAGUUGUAAUUGUAACAACGGUUUCCUGAAUUGUUGUCAACUGGGAAUAACUUUGGGGGAUCUGCAUCCAGACUGCAAAGCUGUAGAAGAUGUACCGUGUUGGGAAAAGGCAGUAAUGAAAAACAACGAAAACGAGCCAUGUCCAUAUCCUCAUGGGGUAAAGGGUCGUUAA